AUGGGAAGCCAACUGUUGCUGGCUCUUGAUGCGCUGUGCCGAAAUGACAGCUCCACUUGUGCCGAAAUGACAGCUCCACUGUGCCGAAAUGACAGCUCCAGUCGCACACAAUACCUGUUCCACUGA